AUGGGCAUAUCAGGAGUGAAAUCAGAGGUGGUGAUACUGUAUGAAGUUUGAAGCAUUAUUAUUAUGAUAGGUUGUGACAGUAUUUCCUCAGGCCAACAAACGCAUGCUCGAUCAAACCUAGUUCCCCCACCUAUGCAUGCUAAAGAUAAUAUGUGUCACCUCCUUGGUGGACCCUGAUGUGUGCUUUUAAAUAUGAGAAAGGGCUGUGAGCAGCCUUCUAUCCAUCUCAAGCUUGGCAGUCAUACGUUGUAGCUGUUUCUCUUCCUUUCUGCGAAGAUUGCGGAGACUUGAAAGAACUGAGGCAGGGCGAGAGAAGGGGGACCGCACUGAUUAGAACCCAUGCCAGAGAGAGAUCAAGUAACUGGCAUUGAAGAAGCAGUAGGUCCCAAUGAUGAUUAGAAGUCAGCUGUGAUUAACAAUGGGGAGCCACCACUACCACCACCAUGCAGAAAGAGGUAUUAAUAAAUCGUUGUUCAUCAUGGCAUGCGAAAAAAAGUAGAAUUUCAGAAAAGAAGCCCUCAGUUGGACCUUGCUAAUCCGCUAUUUAUAUCCUCUUACAUCUUGAGCAGAAAGAGUACAAUAACAUCAACAUGGGUCGUAACUUAAAGAAUGCAGUCAUUGCGUUAGUCACUCCCCUUCCUUCCAUACUCUUUUAUCUGUCAUUUCUUAAUCACUAUAAUCAAUCUCUUACUACUCAACCUGUGUGGCCAUGGUGCUAUUACCACCCUCUUCUUUUAUGCAAUAUUUUCUUCCUCUUCAACGUCAAUGUUCUCUUCUGGGUCAUCAGUCACAUUCAGAAUAGCCACUGGAUGAUCGAUUUGUACUGGACAGUUAUACCAGUAAUGCUCGUUCAUUACUUCGCAACACACCCAUUGGGACAGUAUAACCAUUGGAGGUCAACAAUAGUGAUAAUAUUGACAUGGGUGUGGAGUGUGAGGCUGACUCAUAACUACUUCAGGCGUGAAAAUUGGCAGUGGGGUGCCAGGGAAGACUGGCGGUUCACGGAUAUGCGCGCUCAGUAUGGCAAACACUGGUGGUGGGUUUCCUUCUUUGCUGUCUACUUUUCUCAACAGGUAUUUCUGAUUGGAGUGUGCUUGCCAUUGUAUGUUGUGCAUUCGGUUGACAAGCCAUUGAAUAUAUGGGAUUUUGUUGCUGUAGUGGUCUGUGUGUGUGGCAUAGUUAUUGCUUACUUUGCUGACACGCAACUCUAUGAAUUUGUAACGAGAAAUAACAAGCUGAAAGAGCUUGGAAAGCCCGUGGUUCUUAACCUUGACAGGGGACUAUGGUGCUAUUCAAGGCAUCCAAAUUACUUUGGGGAGCAGUUGUGGUGGUGGGGAUUGGUUGUAUUUGCAUGGAACCUGGGUCAUGGAUGGACAUUUGUUGGCGCACUCAUCAAUAGCAUGUGCUUGGCAUACGUGACAAUACUUGUUGAAGAGCGGAUGCUAAAACAAGAGUACAGAGCUGAAGCCUAUAGGCUUUAUCAGAAGACAACAUCGGUUUGGAUACCUUGGUUCAACUCAUCGGCUACGGGAGAGAAGCAGAAGAGUGUUUGACUUGAUUCUUGGUGUUAAACUUGAAGGGUAUCCUUAUCUGUGCAUUGUCCAAUUUGUUCAGUUUCUAGCUUUCUAUGUCCUUGUUUAUGUACUUGUACGGUUUAUUUGAACGAAGUUGCACGGGUACUAUAUUGUGUGUAGCCAAUUAGGAAAGUGUAGAAAUUGUAUAAAAUCGUUCUUCGUUUGGUAGUAGUGUCUUCUUUUUAUAUGUACUGUGAAAUGUUAUAUAAGGGUGGAGGCUUGAAAUUUCAAUGGGAUCUACCUUUUUAUCUA